CACAUGAUCAAAACAAGCCAACAUGGCGUCUGGCAAUGUUGUAUAUGCCGACCGAAGCGCAACUUUAAAUCCUUUACCAUCCGUUUAAUAUUAUACUCUCAACAUUAUAUUUAAAGUGGUAUACAACUUCGUCGGCCGUUCAUGGCAAGUUUUCUCUAGUGCGUUUUAGCGGCAUAAAAUGUUUAAAUGAAACUUGACAGCUCUGUUAUGGAGGAGGUCGAGGGCAAGAAAAGACAUACGUUUUUACGAGUGCGGGCUAAUAGGCAAACAAGACUGAAUGCCCGUAUAGGAAAGAUGAAGAGGAGGAAGCCAGAGGAAGGGGGACAGGUAUGUCCGCUGUGCAGCGUGCCAUUGGCUGGGAGCGAGGAGGAGAUGAGUAGACAUGUGGAGCAAUGCCUUAUCCAGCGCGAGGGCGCGUUCGGCGACGACGACUCUGCCGAUGGCGAGAAUGGGCGGGGCUUCGAGGAGUACGAGUGGGCGGGGCAAAAGAGGAUCCGAGCCACCGCGCUGCUGGAGGGAGGCUUCAGAGGGACGGGCUUCGUGGUGUGCGGCACCAAGGAGAGUGCGGCGGACAGCGACGGCGACCUGGACGUGGACGGAGACGACACGCUGGAGUACGGCAAGGCCCAGUACACCGAGGCCGACGUCAUCCCCUGCUCCGGGGCCGGCGAGGACCAGGGCGAGGCCCGCGAGAGGGAGGCGCUGAGGGGCGCCGUGCUCAACGGUGGGAUGCCUACUACCAGAAUAACGCCAGAGUUCUCCAAAUGGGCCAGCGACGAGAUGCCGUCGACGAGCAACGGUGAGAGCAGCAAGGCAGACCCCAACGCACCCUCCUCUUCCUCCUGCUCCUCAUCCACGUCCUCCUCGGUGCCGCGAACCUGUAAAAACAGCGAGAUCGAAAAGGUAACGGAGGACUCCACAGCCACCACGCUGGAGGCCCUGAAGGCUCGCAUCAGAGAGCUGGAGAAGCAGAUCCUCAGGGGAGACCGCUACAAGUGUCUCAUCUGCAUGAGGAAGCCUGCUAUCCAAUCAGGCGCUGAGAACAAGAGCCUAGGGGUGUGGCCAGGGCCCCGGCCGCCGGCCAAUCAGGUCGGGGGGAGGCAGCAGCCUAAAUCCCUCCCCCUGGGCCUGUACUGUCUGUAUAGGGGCGUUGUGAUUGGAGGCUACAGCAGCGGCAUUAAGAGGCACCUCCCACAACCUCUACGGAGGGACUCCUAUACGAUGCCCCUCACCUCUAUCCAGUGCUGGCAUGUCCACUGUGAAGAAUGUUGGCUAAGGACACUGGGAAACAAGAAGCUGUGCCCACAAUGCAACACCAUCACUUCUCCUGGUGACCUGAGGCGUGUCUACUUGUGAAAGAGACGUCCGGUCCUCCUUUACCCCACUGCGCUCCUCCUCCUCCUCAUCCUCGCUCUUCAUCAGUAUCAUCCGCCAUCUUUGAUUUACUCCCCAUCCUGCAUCCGCCGGGACCCUGGCGGUGAUGACAUCAUCAACCAUGGAUUCCCUCAUUGCAAUGUCAUAGUGAUGUCAUUCAGGCACUUGUCUGCCGGCGGGGGAGCGGACUGUGCACUUCUGAGCAUGCUCAGAGGAGACGAGAUGAUUGGACAUCUCAGAGACUCCAUUUGCUCUUUAACCCCCGUGCCCCCCCCUUAGGAGACCCGCCCACUUAAAGAGGAGACCCGCCCACUUAAAGACUAGCCAAUCACAGAAGUACUACAAAUGACAUAAGAAGAUGAAAAUAUGCUAGAAAAAAAGCUGAUCCGGAUAACUGACAGUAUUGUUCCAGUCUCUGAAUGUGACCUUCGACCUCCACACGCAGGGCACAUUAAACUACUUUUCUGAAGGACAGUUUUAACCCAGAGUGGUUUCGGAGCACCAUUUGCUUGUAGACACCCAAAAUACAAGACACGUUACGCCUUUUUUCUUGUGUCCGUCAUUGACCCUGUCUUCACGGUAUCAUCAACCCAAUCGGAGGAGCCGCAAUCGAACAAUUCAAUUCACCGCAGCGUUUUGUUGGGUUUGUUUUUCCCCAUUUUGUUUGUGUGCGGUUGACACUUUAGCGGUGCUGGACAAACAGACUUCUGGACCUUUCUCUCCUCUGCGACUGGACGACCAAUAAGACAGACAUUUUGCUUCUCAUUUGUUUGAGCUCGGGCGGAGAGAAGAUGGCCGACUUCCUGUAAAAAGGACAGAUGAAAGAAGGGAGGAAAACAUAAAAACAACGAAUCUGACCUUUUGAAAAAAACCAAACGGGGAAAAGCCUUCACAAGCGGUUUAAAGUGCUCCUUCGUUCUCCCCUCCUCCUAACUUCCUUCUAUCUAUUUCUUUCUUUUCUUUCUUCUUUUGUGGUGUUCUAGUGAAGUCAACCAAAUUUUCCAAUGAUGCAGUUCAAGCACAUGUAUUAUAGACGUCUAUGUAUGUUUACAAUGUUGGGUGUAAACAUAGAAUUCGCACACGUACACAUACACACACACACACACACACACAUGCACGCACGAAAAUACAAAACACCUGCAAACAGUCACAAAGCCUCGAUGAAAAAACAAGACACAAACACAGAAAAAAAAAAAAGUAUAUAUCGAAUUCCUGUUUUUA